AUGCCCAAAAUGAAGAUAAUUGAUGAAAUUAGCAAUUAUAAGUGUUUUAUAGCAUGUAACAACUUUAAGUAUGUGAGUAAAAUACUUGAAUACUUUGAGAAACUUUAUAAAAGUAAUAUCGUCCACUACCGUAUAAUCAUAAACAAGCUCAAGAAAACUUUGUGUGAUUUGAGUGAUAAAAAAAGGUUCAUUUUGAGUAUUGUAGAUUAUCAGAGAGAGUCAAAUGAGUUCAUGGAAGAAAAAGAUGUUAACCUCAAGGAAAAAAAUAAUAAGAUAAUGGAACAAGUUAUGAGAAUAGAAGGUUUAAAUAGGAAAUAUGAAGAAAGAAUUAUAAUAUACGGAAAUGAAAAACAUAACAUUGUAAACCAAAUCAUAAAAAUUGAGUCAAGCAUGGAUUUUAACAAAAACCAGAUAUUAUACAUGAAUUUUAUAGUUCAUACAUUUGGAAACAAGGUAACACCUAUAAAAAUUAAUUAG